AUGUCCACAGAAACAGAAACAAAAACCACUCUAAGAUUGAGUGGUAAUCCAGCUCUUUCUUUAAGGGUUGAACCUAAUAGGCUCAUCAACACGAUUCAUGAGACCGCACAGUUCGGAGCAAAGUUCCAAUGGGGGUCAAGAUCAACAGAUACUGGUGUCUGUAGACUAGCUUUAAGUGAUGAAGACAAGAAAGUCAAAGAUUGGUUCGUUAAAGAGGUGGAGGAACUAGGUUGUCAAGUGAAAAUUGAUGAUAUUGGUAACAUUUUUGCUCUAUACCCAGGUCAAGAUAACAGCGCUAAACCAACAGGUAUGGGAUCUCAUUUAGAUACACAACCAACAGGUGGUAGAUAUGAUGGUAUAUAUGGUGUCCUAUCUGGUCUUGAAGUUCUUAGAACUUUGAAAGAAAAUAACUAUGUUCCUAGAUUCCCAAUAAUGUUGGUCAAUUGGAUGAAUGAAGAAGGUGCUAGAUUCCCAAUGAGUAUUAUGGCAAGUUCAGUAUGGGCUGGUCUAGCUUCAAAAGAGGAUAUUUACAGAAUGGAAUCAGUUACAGAUGAUAAACCAGUUACAGUGGAACAUGAAUUAUUAAGAAUUGGCUAUAAAGGUAGCAUCCCUUCAAGUUAUGAAUCAAUACCAUUAGCUGCACAUUUUGAAAUUCAUAUUGAACAAGGUCCAAUUCUAGAGAAUGAAGAAAAGAAAAUUGGUGUUGUAGAAGGUGUUCAAGCUUAUACUUGGUGGAAAAUUCAUGUUAAGGGGAAAGCUCAACAUACAGGUACAACACCAAUGAAUCUAAGAAAUGAUGCAUUAUUAGCAGCUUCCAAAAUGAUUGUUAAAGCUAAUGAAAUAUCUUCAAAAUUUGGUGGAUUAGCAAGUGUUGGUAUUAUCAAUUCUGGUCCUGGUGUUGUUAAUGUUAUUCCUGAUGAAGUUUCAUUUGCUUUAGAUAUGAGGCAUGUUGAAGAUUCAAAACUUGAAGAAAUGAUUCAAGAAUUCCAAAAUGAAUUUCCUAAAGCUUGUAAAGAAUCUGGAAAUAAAUUAAAAGUUGAAUUUGAACAUUUACAUACUCAAAAGGCAACUCAUUUUGAUAAAACUUGUAUUCAAUGUGUUGAAGAAAGUGCUUUAGAAUUAUAUGGAUCUGGGAAUUAUAGAAAAAUAACAAGUGGUGCUGGUCAUGAUUCUUGUGCAACAAACACCAGAUGUCCAACUUCAAUGAUUUUCAUUCCAAGUAAAGAUGGUGUUUCUCAUAAUCCUGAAGAGUAUAGUACACCUGAACAAGUUGAUGAAGGGUUUAAAGUCCUGUUGAGUGCUGUUUUGAAAUAUGAUCAGUUGAGAACUGAAUGA